AUGGUUAAAUUGCGCCCAAAACUAUCCGUCAAUAAUCAUGUACGGUACCGACGGCCGCCUCGGUACGAUCUGGAGCGACUGAAGCAACCAGAUGUCGCCACUGCCUGCGCGCAGCACGUCGAGGCAGCGUUACCGGACGAGGAAGAGCUCGACGUGGCCCCUCUUGAGGACUGCUGCAGAACAGUAAAAGCAGCCAUCAACAACGUAGCUAAGGACAUUGUCGGGUACGAGGAACGGAGACGACGGAACGAUUGUGCAGUUGAGGACGGGAAUGAACCAGCUCCCACGUUGAGGGAAGCUAAGGAUGCCAUCGAACAGCUCAAGAACAAUAAAGCAGCUGGCAAAGAUGGUAUCGCAGCAGAACUCAUCAAGUUGGGCCCGGAAAAGUUGGCCACUUGUCUGCACCGGUUAGUAGUUAGGAGCUGGGAAACCGAACAGCUACCGGAGGAGUUGAAAGAAGGGGUGAUCUGUCCCUUUCACAAGAAAGGCGACCAUUUGGAGUGA